CACCAAUCCAUUAGUGAAGAAGAAGAAAGGAUCAAAGCAAAAUGAAUUACAGAUUUACAGAUAUUGAAAAGCCUUAUCUUCUUCGUCGUCUCUUUUGAUCUUAUCUCAUGGCGAAUCAAGGAGCAAAGAAGCGUAAGGAUGAGAAUGCUAGACACAUGUCUAGGCUCCGUCUUAUAAUGAUCGUUUGCAACAUUUUGUAUAUCAUAGUGAGGGUGAUAAUUUCGCAUUCAAGCUUUACAUGGAAACAUUGGAUUGGUCUUGUGCUUGUGCUAACGUCUUUAGGUUACGCGAUUCCUUAUAAGCUUCUUGAUCAAAUGGCAAAGCCUAGUGCUACUGAUGAUGGUGAACUUAUUGACGGUGGAUUCGACAUGAGCACUGGUGGAAUGUGUGGAUACUUGCAUGAUGUACUUUAUAUCACCUGUUUCAUGCAGCUUGGAUCUAUCAUCUCUGGAAAGUUUUGGUACGCUUAUCUAGGGAUUCCUGCAUUUGGAACCUACAAAGCUUCUAGUCUUGUUAAGGGAUUCCUGUCUCACGGUUCAGAGGGAGGUGUAGAGGAUGACAAGACACAAAAGAGGGAGAAGAUGGAGAGAAAAGCUUCUAGAGGGCAAGUCGUCAAGACAAGAUCACGAUGAAUGUCUUAAACAUCAUCUUUUAGCAAAUCAUAGUUUGGCAAAUCUUUCUUCAAACACACAAAUGCAAAGUGAAAGGGUAAAUACUCUUGCCUUUUGCAUGUACCUGUUGUACGGAUGUAGCUGUGUCUUUACACUGUUUGACUUCAAUGGUUGUGUCAAAGCUAAAGUAUACUAAUUGUCUUGAGUAGGAUACAGUAAUUUCUCUGGAAGAUAUAGACUUUUUGUUCUUUAAAUUCAUGCGAUAUUAUGGUGUUUUUGUGAGCCAUAAGACGACAAA